GGAAGGAGUCUCCUGCGCUGGGAGGCGUGGCUUCCCAUCUCCGCCAAGGGCAGACCUGAGAUGGCUGCGGUGGGGCUGUCUCUGAGGAGCUGCUUGCGGGGCGCGCUGGCAUUGCCGGGCCAACAGCGGGCGUGGAACUCGGGUUCCGGCGCCGACCAGUUAGGCGAGCUGGGCAAAGGUGCGGGCAAAGGCGGCGGAGGCGGCGGGACGAUCCGUGAAGCUGGCGGCUCCUUCGGGAAACGGGAGGCGGCCCUGGAAGAGCGUUAUUUCAAGGAGAAAGAAAGAGAACAGCUAGCUAGUCUGAAAAAACAUCAUGAAGAGGAAAUCAGUCACCAUAAGGACGAAAUAGAGCGUCUGCAGAAGGAAAUUGAACGUCACAAGUACAAGAUCAAGAAGCUGAAGGAUGAUGAUUAAGUGGCUGGGGAAUCGCGGUUGAUGUGUUGCAUAUAUGGCAUCCCUUUGAAAAUGGUGAUGCCAGCCGACAUUCAAGCAUUUGCUGUUAUCAGUGUGAAAAUUUGUGAAAUAAAAGAAUUCACUCUC